AUGUCUGACGGUUCAAUUCGACAAGGCAUUGACCAAGCUGCACUGGAUAAAUACCUGCAGCAAAAUCUCCCCCAUAUCGACCUACCCUUGAGGCUUCGCCAGUUUGGUGAUGGACAGUCGAAUCCAACCUAUCUGCUCAUCUCGCCGUCUGGUCAGCGGCAUGUUCUCAGGAAACAACCGCCUGGCAGCCUGCUGUCCGGGUCUGCUCACAGGAUUGACCGGGAGUACAUGGUCCUGAAGGCUCUUGGAAGCACUGAAGUUCCUGUCCCAAGAGUCCUUCGAAUGUGUCAUGACGCGAGUGUACUCGGAACCCCUUUUUAUGUGAUGGAGUUCUUAGAUGGGCGAAUCAUCACCGACCCCCUCCUAGCCGAAAUUAAAGAAGAGCACCGGUACGCCAUGUGGCGGAAUGCUGCGCGAGUGCUCUCAAAAAUCCAUUCCACUGACAUAGAAGCUGUCGGAUUGGGAACGUUUGGUAGUCGAUCUUCAUUUUAUAAACGCCAAUCAAAAACCUUUACAAAAAUCUCCACUGCACAGCAAAAAGUGAAGGACCCCAGCACAGGGACACCGAUCGAGUCCGUGCCACACUUCAAAGAUUUGGUUGCGUUCUAUGAAGACGUCAACCAUGCUCCAGUUCAACGAACAAGUCUGGUUCACGGAGAUUAUCGCAUUGGUAACUUGAUGUGGCAUAAGACAGAGCCUCGGGUGAUUGGCGUUUUGGAUUGGGAGCUAAGCACUAUUGGUCAUCCACUGUCUGACGUUGCCAGCCUGAUAGACCCUUACUCGCGGUAUUACUUCGGGCAGAAAGCCACACAACAUGACAACCCCCGCAAUGACAAAUUCGGCACCGAUGGGCAUCCCUAA